GAAGAGAAUAUGUCACCGGAUCAGCUAGAAGUUCUGAUCGAUUCGUUGAAUUCGGAGGCAGAACACCUUAAGGAGAAGAUCAACGAAUUGUCGACAAAAGUUCGAAGUUUUCCAUUGGGAUGCGAUCGAUACCACAGAUAUAAAUCUAAGUUUUACAGGCAAUAUUGGCAAAUACCUGGUGUCCCAUCAAUAUUGGUCGAAUCUGUAGAGAGUUCUGGGCCAUGGAAUCCUGCGUGUAACACGGAGGAAACAUGCUCCAAGGAUCCAUCAGAACUAACAGCUCCAUCAUUCCUUCAUCCUGAUGUGUUGGCAUGUGUCGAAGAUCUUGUCGAUGACGUUGUGACCGGUCGUCCACAUACGGAGCGACGAAAACGAAAACGAUUCCGACGUAUGGACAAUGCAUACAAGCGUGGGUGGUGGUCAGUGGACACGAGGGAAAAUCUCGAAGCAGUCAGAAGCAGUCUACAUGGUCGAGGCAUUCGUGAACGAAUCUUACAUCGUCUACUGUGCAAGUCGUGGUUUCUAAAGGACGUGAAGUUGGGCAGAGUUGAGCUGGACAAAGUUGGCAAGGAGAUCAGUCGGAAAGAAGUCACCGAGCUGAGCCAAGAAGCUGUUCAUCGCCAAUUGAACGAGCUGAAUUCGAAAAUAACCAGCGCUAAAAUUGCCAUAAAAGGGUCUGCUAAUAGUUUUAUGAAGUCCGGCUGCAGUGGAUCCAUUGACGACUUGAAGGAGAAGAUCUUCUGCUGUGAACGGCGAAUCAACCGAAGCUUCCUUCGACCGAGUUUUUUCUGCGGAGACAAGAAGUCCCUGGCUCACUCGAUGGUAAUGAACGGUGAACAACUGGGAAAAGAAGAUGAAGAGGAUGAUCGAGAUGAUGCAGAAAAGGAUGAGGAAGGCUCGGAGCGAGAUGAAUUGGAAAACAGUCAGAUGAUCGAACGAUGGCGAGCAUACGUUGAAUCUGCAGAGACAUGUGCCAAGCUCUCGUUGGCUAUACAGAUGCUCAGCUCAUCCGUAGCAUGGGAAUUGGCACCGACACUACGACUUUGUCAAAUCUGUCGUAAACGCUGUGAUCAGCCAUCAGCACUGCGAUGCACAGCGUGUCGUCUUAGUUAUCACCAAGAAUGCUGCAAGGUAUUCAAUUACCAAUAG